UGAGCAGAAUAGCGUCGUAAUCGUAAGCGCAAUCGCAAACGGAAUCGUAAUGGCGUUCCCGUUCCGUUUGCGAUUGCGAGUUUAUUGUGCGUUGAUAUCCGUAGACCGUUACUGUAUAACCUAAAAAUUUAAUUUGUAGCGUCGGUUUGCCUCGUGGCUUUUUUAAUGCAAGUAUCAAAAGAACAUUCCUAUUUUUAUAAUAAAAGAAUAUAUCUACAAGAGGAAGCUGUUGUGAACUUAAGAGAAAAAAAGUACAUUGCUGAAGCAGGCAACAUGUCAGAAUCAAUGUCCGACGAUUCGUUUGAAGAAUCGGAAAUUAGCCACCAAGAGAGACUUAUAAAUCUUGUACAGGGUUACCCCUGUCUAUAUGACAAUAAAUGUCCCGAGUUUAAAGAAAAAGGCGUUAAAGAAAAUGCAUGGACAGAAAUUGCCAAAACUUUAAAAAUUAUCCCUGCAGAAGCUAUGAAGGAUUGGGAAAAUUUACGAGACCGAUUUUCAAGAGAAAAAAGGGCUCAGGAGGAUGAAACGGCCAGCGGUAGCGGCUCGACUUCCAGAAGGCAAUUCGAAUAUUAUAAACAGAUGUCGUUCUUAAUAAAAUUUGUAAAAAAGCGGAGAACCAUAGCUAACAUACAUGGAAAGAGGUUGUUUACUCAAGUGGGAGAGUCACCAAAAAUGGUAGUCAGUGAGAAUAAUGAGAAUUAUGAUGACAAUGUGGGUCCAAAACGUUCACCUUUUCAAAAAAGAGAGAAAAAAGUCAAGGUUGAAUCACUGGAUGGACUUGAAACUACCCUAAAAUCAUUAACGAAAACUGUGCAAGAAAAACUCACGAAUGAUAAUGAAAUGAUUAAUAAUAAUCAAAAGAACAAUUUUCAAAUGAACGUUUCAGAUAAAGAUAGUGCUUUUAUUUCAUUUAUAAUGAUGCAAAUGAGUGAGUUGCCAGAAAACAUAAAAGCCCGCUUACAGGCAGAAAUUACUAAUUUAAUUUGCAAUGCAAUCGUUGAGGCAUUAAAGGAGAAGGUUUAAAUAAUUGGUAUUUUGGCAAAUUUUUCUUUUAAAAAUGUUUUAUAUUUAUCUAUAAUUUUUUAAUUACCUACUUAAAAAAAUAAUUCACCAUUUAAUGGUCUUCUUUUCCUAAUAUAGUGAUAUGUUGUGAUACUAGCAUGUAUUUUUCAUAUAUAAAAAUUGCUUUAUAAGCUAGUCAAAGAAAAAAGGAAAUACAUUGUGAUAUUAGUAGUACUAGCAUUGACAUACAUAUAAAUAUGUAUAUGUUUAAUGAUUAAUAAUGUGAGAAUAACUAUUUGUUGUUUUGUUUGUCACAGUUUCUAUAAUAAUCGAUAUUUUAAAUAUGGUCGAAAAUGCGAAAAGUAUAAGAAUAGUUUUCUGGAAACGUUCAAAACUCUAAAAUAGCAACAAACUAAAAUCAUAGAUUUCUAUGAAAAGCAUCUAAAAUUGUGAUUUUUCAGUAACCAUUUUCUAUUAAAUUAACAUUUUUUGUAUUUCUUAUUUCAGAGUUAUGAACUUCUCAUACUUUUGUGUUGUAAAAGGUUCGAAUUUAUCGAAUUGUUUAUGUUAAUUAAGCGUUAAAUAAAAUAAAGUUGGAUCCAAGUAA